CUCCAACAAGAAAUCCUCCCCCAAAAAUUUCACCGAGAAAAUCAAACAAGAGAAAAUGUCGACCGGAAUCGCUAAAUCCAACAACAUCCGCCGCAUCGUUAGCAUCCGCCAGAUGCUGCAGCGGUGGCGGAAGAAGGCUCGCGUCACCGCCUCUUCUCGACGCUCCGGCACCGGUGAUGCUCCGUCGGAUGUUCCGGCCGGCCACGUGGCGAUCUGUGUAGGAAGCAGUUGUAGAAGGUUCGUCGUUCGAGCUACUUACUUGAAUCAUCCGAUCUUCCAGAAGCUUCUCUUGCAAGCUGAAGAGGAGUACGGAUUUACGAACCAAGGUCCUCUUGCGAUUCCUUGUGACGAGUCGGUUUUCGAGGAGGUUCUUCGGACUGUUUCCCGGUCUGAUUCCGGUCGGUUCUUGAAUUUUCAGGAUUUUCGCCGCCGCUGCCACGUCGACUCUCCAAGUAGUCUCCUCCGUGAGUCUCGGCCGUUGCUUUUUGAUUUCGCCGAUAAAUCGGUCUGCUAGUAUAAUGAAAGGGACUAACUGAAGAUUGCGACUCGGGCUGGUGACUCGGCCGAGUUCAACUGGACUCACUGGACUAACUUCUUCAAUUUUUUUUUCUUUUGAAAUUUUAUUUUGAUGAAAGGGGGAAUUAUCAAUUAUAAUUUACGAGUUUCUUUUAUUAUUAUUACUAUUAUUUGUUUAAAAAGAUAAAAAUGAGAUGGGUUAACUCGGUCACCGGGUGGUGAGUCAGCCCGAGUCGAACCGGACGGGUUGGGGAUUAUGAAAGUUGAUUAAUUACUUCUUGUACAUUGGGAUGUCAUUUCUCAGUAAUUUUAGAGGCAUUGGUUAGAUGUCACUAACGAAACGAGUGUGAACUUUUAACUAUCUAUGUAGUAAUGAGGUUGUUGUUUUUAGUAGCUUUUGAAGAGUGGAUUAGAAUAAAAUGGAUUAUUGCUAAUAUGAGCAUAGAUCAAACUAAAA